GACGCUGGUUCUGGGAUACAAGUGACUGGCAGUGCCCGCGUCAGACCUUUCCACCAUUCCCACUGCCCAUGCUAGUGCGAUCUCUCGAUCUGUUCUCCGCCCAUCUCGCUCUCUAAGACUUGCUCAUUAUUCUUUCCAUCCUCUUUGCCUCGCUACCGUCACCAUUCUCUCCAUUCCGGAUACCGUCUAAACCUGCGUCUCUCCCACCGAUUUCCACCGUCCUCAUUUGCGACUGCUUUUCUGUAAGACGCAAUAUCCGACAUUGCGGUCUUCGCUAUAUACUGACGCUUGGCUCAUCCACCUCCAGACAGUGCCUGUGUCCUGGAUCUACCGCUAAAACGAGGACUGCGUUGUCCGCAAACACAAAUCCGCAACCCUCCCAUCAACACGGCCGCCGCCACCACUGAGGAAACUCAUCAAGGGAUCCAAUCUCUGGACCUACGCAAACAUCGCAGUCUGGCCUAGAGGCACUUCUCGCGUUGUUCAUUGGUGCGACGGCUUCGACGUCACGGCCUCUGCGUUACCUGGUGACGGAAGACAUUGAAAUCUGCACGGGAACGUACAUUGACAAUCACGAAACCCUCCCCCGCCUACCCGCCCACAUGGUUGAUUAGGUCUGCUCUUGGGACAUACAAACAGCACUUGUUGAGAGGGGAGAAAUAAACAUCUCGAGUACCGCGAUGGCGACUCUAGACCUUGGCCCCCGGCAAAGGUUGGUUUGCCUUUCCAAUGACCUGUGGACCCGCUGGGAGGAAGAUGCUGACAGACUGAGUAGGGAUACACUACCUCCCAUCAGUCAUCUUGACUUGGAGGCUAUCAACAACGAAAAAAAUGGUCAUGGUCGGUUUGGAAUGUUGAAUGGUCUCAGUAUCUCGACGGCGCCGUUGGCGAGCCCAACGGCCACCUUGUAUUCCGGCCCACCUCCGCCAUAUUCCUGCGGUCCUUCUACGGUGGGAUCUGCUUCUGGAUUGUCCGGCUAUAUCUCUCCGCCUGAAUCGACCACUAGACGCUCCACACGAGACGAGAGGGAGUCUCCGGGCUUGCGUAAAUCUUUACCAUCCAUCCAUGAAGCGCUUGGGGACCGAUCAAUGUCACUGUCUGGCCCUUUAUCUGCCUCAGGUCAACAGCAACCUUUACCGACGCCUACAACGACCGUUGGCCAGAGUUAUACCGAAGGCCCCAAAGGGCCGGCCAACCCCUUCUCCCAGUCUUCAGGUCCGCCACCACCUGUUCUCAGAGAUGUGUUCUCUGCACCUCAAAAAGCCGCUGCUGCUUCAAUGGAAAAGCCUCCUAUAGUCUCUGCCGACCCACGCCAACCCGUGUCUCAACACUUUGGCUAUCCUGGUUCUCCACGUUCAAACCCACCACCUGCUUUUCGGUCUUCAUCGCUUACAAACACUUCGUUCACCAAUCACAAUGACUACCCAUCGGCGACCUCUCCUCAGGCAUAUGACCCGCCCAAGCAGUCGUAUCCGUUCCCUCCAUUGGGCGGCUCUGCGUCGUCCAACGGGCCUCCUGCGCACGAGCCGGUUCAAUUUGGCGCGGGCGCGAAAUCCGACCUUCAACGACCAAGCUACGCGAGAGCGGAAGAUGUUCAGUUCAGCGACACUGUUAAGAGACAUCUUGAUGUGUUCGAUGCUGAGUUGGGUUUCAACCAAAUCAACGAGGCAUCGGCUCGCACGCUAGAUUUUGCUCGGACUUGGGCUCAGCGCUUUCACCAUGGCAGUCGUUCGGGUUAUUUUCAUGAGGCGCUUCCCAGUCUUUCCGAGAUGGACGAUGUUCUUCGGCAUUCCCACCAUAUUUUUGAGAACCUCACUCAUUUGCGGGAGUUGGUGAUCGCGCAACAGACCGCAUUGUCGGAACAUCGUGCGCGACAAGCCGAGGAAUAUCACGGUCUGUCUGACGGAUAUAGAAACCAAGGUCUUGUUGACAGGGGUGAGAGAGACGCCAAAAAGCAACGUCGUGGACAAAAGGCCGCACCACCAGGUCGUUGCCAUAGCUGCAAUCGUGCAGAAACCCCCGAGUGGCGAAGAGGACCCGACGGAGCACGCACAUUGUGCAACGCCUGUGGACUACACUACGCGAAGCUGACCCGGAAAAUGGGGGUCAACAAGGCGGCGGCCCUCACGGGGUCGAAUCUACGACCAAAACACCUGGAUCAAACACGGCCUUGAUAUCAGCUUAGCAAUGAGAACGACGAACAUAUUGCAUGGUAAAUAUGCUAUCUCUUUUAAGAGACGACGACGAUGAUGAAUACAUGGUUUCAAGACUUUGUCUCGAACGACAUCUGUAUUUUGGCGCUUGGGGCACGGCGAGUGGUUUUUGGGAACCGUGCAAUAUUGGCAACGAGGGCGAUGUCUGUUGGUGUUGGUGAUUGUACAGAUGAGGGCUCAGGCAAGAACCUCCAAGAGCUGGGGAACACGAACGGCGUACAUCUUCACGGUACAUGGCCUUAUUAGAGGCAUUUUUGAGAGCAUGAGCGAUGUUUUUAUGUCGUCUCGAAGAGUGAUUGUUUCUGAUACCCCAAACUGCUGCCUUAUUAGAGGCUACUUGGAGCAUUUUGGUUCCAUCAAAAUAUGUCAUGAUAUUGUUAUUAUCUAGUGUCAGGAGGAGGGCAACAAGGUGGAUGGAGUUGGGAGGAGGGUUGGUAUCAAUCGAGUCUCUGUGGAAGGGUGGAAGUGGUUGCUUGCUGAUGGCGGUUGGAGCCGGUGACGACGGAACAAUUCAGAGGAUUCAACUUGCACUCGUUCUCACACAGGCACCCGGACAGGUAGUGGUUACGCUGCUCCAAUCGUGAGCCGCGACCUAGGUAUGAUUGCUGGGCGAAGUGCAAAGUACUAGUAGCACGGUAGAUCUUGCAUACGGAAGAUCCAGAUCAAACGAACGGGCGAUGAUACUCGACGCGAGCAAUAAAGAAAUCAAGAAACUCAA